AAAGUCACAUUUAAGGGUCUACAGCUCAGUUCAUCAGCUUUCUCAGGUUUACUCAACUUUGAGACAGCAUCAGCUGCUAAUACACCUGAAAGAAGAUCCUGUCCUAAGACAUUGUGUGUGAAGAUGAUGUCUGCAAAAGACAUGGUUAAAGUAAUGGUUGUGAUGUUUGCGGUUUGUUUUCUUGCAAGAUCGGAUGGGAAGUCUGUUAAGAAGAGAUCUGUGAGUGAAAUACAGCUUAUGCAUAACCUGGGCAAACACCUGAGCUCCAUGGAAAGAGUGGAAUGGCUGCGGAAGAAGCUGCAGGAUGUGCACAACUUUGUUGCUCUCGGAACUUCUGUAGCUUACAGAGAUGGUAGUUCCCAGAGACCCCGAAAAAAGGAAGACAAUGUCCUGGUUGAAAGCCAUCAAAAAAGUCUUGGAGAAGCAGACAAAGCUGAUGUGGAUGUAUUAAUUAAAGCUAAACCCCAGUGAAAACAGAUAUGAUCCGAGCACUGCUCUAGACAGCAUAGGGCAACAAUAUUACAUGCUGCUAAGGUUUUCAAGCUCUAUUCAGAUCAAGUGCCAAUAUUUCUAAUAUUACCAAACUCUGUGUGUAAUCUAUUGCUAGCUGUGAUAGCUGCAAUUUUAAUUGAUUAUUUUGAUUAUACUUUUAUUCAUCUAAGAGCUCUUUUAAUAACUAUUUCUAUUGAUGCUAAAUAAAUGAAGUUAAGUAUUUCUCCCUUGUU